CGGUAAUCGUAGUGUCAAAGCGUAAAGUGCACAAAUAAAAAAGAAAAAUUCCAGAGAAUACUGCGAAUUGGCAUAGCAGACAGUACGCGGAAGCAGUGUAAGAAGCAAAACAAAAAACGAACUUUGUACGCUGUUGCAAGUACACAAAGCAGAAAACUAACUAAACUACUUAAAAUAUAAGAAAUAAACACAAAAAUGUCUGCGCAACGUUUAAAUGCAGCCGAAAAAGAACUAGAAAAAUACAUAAAAUUCCUGGCGUUCAAGACAGCUCAAGUUGUGGUGCAAUCUCGUUUGGGCGAGAAGAUACAAACACAAUGCAAUCCGCUGGGUGGCAAUGAUUGGUUCAAUAUUGUUGUUCAGGAUCAUCCCGAUGUGCUGGACGAGACGAAACGCGCUCUGGCCCUAAAGCAAGGCGAAAGCAUCCUGCAACGUCUACCGCUAUGUGUUGAGAUUUCGUUAAGGACAACCGAGGGGGACAAAAUGAUACUUGAGGUGUGGUCGUUGGAUCUGCUGCCAGUGGACAGUAAUAAAGCGACCGCUGGAGAGGAUUGCAAGGGCGAGGGCGGCAACAUAAACGCCUUCAAUGACAGCCAAACACUGAAGGCUUCCUCCCAUCAGCUGCACGUUAUCUACAAUCGGAUGAGCAUUAUGCUAAAAUCGCUCAUCUCGCUCACACGCACAACGCCCGCCUAUAAGCUAUCGCGCCGCCAGUGCCCUGACUCAUAUGGCAUCUACUAUCGUGUCUAUGUGGAUCGGCCGCAGGUGCACACGCUGGGCGAGCGACACAAGCAGGUGAAGAUUGGCCAGCUGAAUACGAUUCUGGGUUCGGUAAUCAUGUCGGUGGCUUAUCGCACAAAACUCACUAUUUCGCCCACGGCCGGACAUCAGGCGGCAACUACGGCACAUCAGGCGCAGCAACACAAUACCAUCAUGCUGAAGUCGGAUCACUUUCGGCCUGCCAGCGAUGCCAGCUCUCCCAUCCAGCAGAUGUCGUCGCUGAAGCUUGCAGCGGGCGGUGCAGCUGGUGCGGCUGGCACUGGAGCGGCGUCUGAUAAACGUUUCAUAGACAUUGAGAAACCGUUGCGUCCAGGUGCGUUCACAGAUCUGGGCAAGCUGCGUCAAUUUACUGAGACUGAUUUCGUACUGCCGGAAACGCCGCCAUUUGAGUGGAUGCUGCGCACGCGGCAUGAGAGCAAUGGCAGUGGCUCGAUCGAAUCUCUGAAUCGCAAAUGUGAAUCGCCAGUUCUCAACAAUAACAAUAACAACAACUACAGCAUUAAUGGCAGCAGCUGCAACAACAUCAAUCAAAACCACAACAACAACAACAACUCGACAGCAUUUAAGAGCUUUGAGAAAUCAACAACAGCCGCAGCAGCACCUACUGCAGCAUCGCCCAUUAAGAGUCUACUAAUCCCCGCGAGCAGUGCCACAUUGCGCUACAAGUCAGCGUCCAUGUUGCAGGAACAGACAUCCGCGUCCUCAUCGCAGCUGCAACAGCCACCGGACGACGACAGCCUGCUGAAGGAGCUGCAUUUCCCGUUCGCCUCGCCCACGUCGCAGGUGAAUGAUCUGGCGAAGUUCUAUCGGGAGUGCUAUUAUGCGCCGCCAUUGCUCGGGCUGAACGAACUACAAGCGCCCAAUGCAACAAGUUGUAGCGCCACAGCUGCCGCUGCAGCUGCUAUAUCUAGCAAUGUAGCCGAUGGCAGCAUGGAUGACUUGUCGCGCCAGCUGGAGCAGUUUGAGACGUCGCUAGAGGACUACGAUAAGCUCGUCUCACAGUUCGGACUGAGCGGCUCCUCGUCAACGGGCAGUCGCAGCAGCGGCGGCCUUCAGAUGAGCAAUUGAAGAGAUCAAAGGAGACAGAAAAAUAGAGUGAGAUAGCCUGAACGAGGAUCGUUUCAAUAGUAGCUCAGACUAGUUAAGUUUCAAUGAUAGGCUCAAGAUAAUUUGUACUUUGUGCGUUCUUUAAAUUGUUUACACUUACUAGGCUAUUAUGAUAUUAUUAUUAUCUUCAUGCCUCCGUUGAAAGAAAAAGAAGAAAAGAAAUUCUUACUUAUAGGAUAGUUAAAUGGGCUUCAGUUUUGUAUAGUACUCAAUCAGGGAGCUCAUCACGUUUCACGUUUUCAGUGCAACGAUUCAUAAUAUACGAACCGAUCAUCCAAACUCUUUCAUACAUAUAUGUUAUUAGAUUGGGGCGUACGCGUCGCUUGUUGUUUAUUUUCCUCUUUGUUUAUGUGCCUUCGUAGGGAAUACACAAAUAUACACAUUUGAAUAUAAUAUAUACAAAAAUGCAUCGAUUCAAUUGGCUACAGUUUAGAUUCUAAGCGAAAUAAAAGUUGCCUUUUGCUUAUCGAGAAUAAUAACGAGCUCAUAAUUCGUAAUUUGAAAUACCUAAAGAUCUAAUUAGAUCGAAAGUAGCACCAAACUAUUAGCCUAACCAAAUUUGUAUGAAAGACUUGAAUAGUUUUACGAAUUGUACAUACAUAUUUGUCUAGUAAUAUUGUUUUGUAUAUAGCCAGGGAGAGAGAAUAAAUAAGGAGCUGCAUUAACAAA